GGUGACAUGGCCUUCUCUCUUGUUUCAUUGCGCAAUUGCGCUUUUUUUCUUUUUUUGUUUUUAUUUUUGAUUGUCACCGACGUUGCGCUUUUUUGUCCACUCUUCUUGUUGCGCGACAAUAUUAUCCUCCCUCUCUUCUUCUCCCUUUUAUUUAAAAUUAAGCCUUAUUAUUUUUCCCCUAAUUUUCUUUUUUUUUCUUUUCUUGUUUUUUUGUCCACACAACUGGUCAGCGAAAUAAUUAGAAAAAUAAAUAAAUUAAUGUUGAUUUACCUAGAUUUUUAUUUUAUUGCCAUAAUUAGGUUAGUAUGUUUUUCGAGAAAAAAGGGGGGAAAAUUAAUUAUUUUUUGGGGGGGGGGGGGGGGGGGGGCGGGGAGAAUUUGCGGAUCGGGUUGCGGACGUCUACUAAAUUAA